AAAAGGGGUUUUGCAUUGCAAACUGCAAACCGAUAUUCAAAGUUCAAACGCUCAGUUGAGAGCAACUGGAUUUUAGGAGAUGGGGAUAUUGGCAUGCUUCGGAGUUCUGAUGCCCUUUCCGUUCUACUAUUGGCUAUGGAAUCACCCACAAACAUGGGUGAAUCUCUGCGGAAAAGGUCGAGACCCUUCCAAAAUCAUGGCUAUGGUUUCUCAUUUUCUCAAGCUGGUUCAGUUUGCGUCGCUCUUCUCCGUUUCAACCUUCUCAUGGCCUCCUCCUCUCUACUUCUGGCCCCUCUUCUUACUCGGCCAGUUUCUUAACUUCAGGGUAUAUCAGUUGCUUGGUGAGUCAGGCACUUACUAUGGUGUACGCUUUGGGAAGAAUAUACCUUGGGUCACUGAGUUCCCUUUUGGGACAAUAAAUGAUCCUCAGUAUGUAGGUAGCAUUAUGAGCCUUCUAGCUUGCAUACCAUGGGUUCCCUUCUUGUAUAUCUUCCUCUGGGUUUUAGGCUACAUUUUCAUGAUCCAUGUUGAAUCAAAGGAGGAUCCAGCUUCUCGUGCCAACCCACUUUCUUGAAAUCCCGACUGAUUUCAAGAACAAGGAUUCAAAUUUGUUAUUCCAGAUAGAUUCAUGUUCUGUUUUUCAUUGUCCUCCAAUUUUGAUGUUGUUGUAUGCAUUAAUAAAUUUUCUCUAGUGUUUAACUGUUUAAGUUUGACUCAUGAAU